AUGGUAUUGGCCCUUGUAUGCUCCACGGUGCUGCUUGGCGCGUCCAUGAACAUGCUCAACUGGGGCCUCGGAAAGGACCUGUGGAACGUCCUCCUGGCACCGGACCUCUACCCCCACUUCAGGUUCGCCAGCAUCAUCGCCGCCAUCUUCUUCUGCCUGGCGACCGGGCUCGCCAAGAGCUCCAUCCUGCUCUUCUACCUGCGCAUCUUCCCCGUCCGGGCCAUGCGCUGGACCGUCUUCGUGCUCAUCUUCUUCACCAUGGGCUACUCGGUCGCCGCCGCGCUCGUAAACGUCUUCAGCUGCGACCCCGUGCGCGCCUCGUGGACCCUCGAGCUCAUCCCGACCGCCACCUGCAUCAACCGCCCCGUCUUCUACUUGGCCCAGGCGGCCCUCGGCAUCGCGACCGACAUCACGACCGCCGUGGCGCCGCUGCCGCUGCUCAGGACGCUGCAGCUGCCCACGCGGCGCAAGAUUGGAGUCAUCAUUAUCCUGACACUGGGGGCAUUCGUGUGCGUCGUGAGCAUCAUCCGCCUCAAAUCGCUAUACGUGCUCUUGACAGAUGCCAACCUCACACGCAACACCGAGCCCGCGCUCAUGUGGUGCAUCCUCGAGCUCAACCUGUCCAUCGUGGGCGGCAACAUCCCGGCCCUCAAGCCCUUCAUCAAGCGUGUCUUCCCGUCCCUGCUCGGGUCCUCGGCCGCCGCCGGCUCCGGGGGCGGCUACAGCCGCUCCGGCGGCAGCGGCAGACUCAAAACCUGGGGCGGCGGGGGCGGCGGGAAGAAGGCGCGCCCGGUCCCGGCCGCCGAUUACGCCCACAGCGAGGAGUACAUCAUGCACGAGAGGCAAAUUGGCAGCAGCAGUGGGAACUUCGACGCCGAGGGCGGUGCGAGGGACAAUACUAUCAUCAAGACGGUCGAGUUUGAGCAGCGGGUGGUGAUCGGCAGCGCCAUCUAG